GUGGAGAGAAACAUCGAUUUGGUGUAUGGAGGAGGAAGCGUGGGGCUAAUGGGUCUCAUUUCUCAGGCUGUUCAUGAUGGUGGUCGUCAUGUUAUUGGGAUCAUUCCGAAGUCUCUAGCACCAAAAGAGAUAACCGGAGAAUCAAUUGGAGAAGUUAUAACAGUAUCGACUAUGCACCAAAGAAAGGCUGAGAUGGGUCGCCAAGCGGAUGCCUUCAUUGCACUUCCUGGUGGUUAUGGGACAUUUGAAGAGUUGUUGGAAGUCAUCACUUGGUCUCAACUUGGGAUCCACACUAAACCGGUGGGACUAUUGAACGUGGAUGGAUUCUACGAUUCACUAUUAACGUUUAUAGAUAAGGCGGUAGACGACGGCUUUGUCUCCUCCACCGCCCGGCGUAUCAUCGUUUCCGCUCCGACGGCUCCUCAAUUACUACAACUUCUUGAGGAGUAUGUUCCAAAGCACGACGACUUCGUGUCCAAAAUGGUAUGGGAAGAUAAGGAUGCUCCCAUUUCCGAAGGCAACUCGUGUUAG